ACCCACAUCUCCGUACGAACCUUCCUAUGCCACCGCCUUUCUCCUCAUGUCCUGCGUGCGCGUAUAUAUACCCAGAAACCCCAUUGCCAAAUCCAUUCAUCAACCACCCAAACACACCCACGUAGAGAAACUCACUAUCGAUCAACAAUGGCGAUCUCUUCUUCUUCUCGUCAAAUGCUACUGCUUCCACUGCUCGUAGCUGGUGUGCUUUUGUCGUCUGUUCAUGCGAAUUUCUACCAGAACGUGGAGAUAACGUGGGGAGACGGACGUGGACAGAUCAAUAACAACGGGGAGCUUCUUACUCUUUCUCUCGAUAGGGCCUCUGGCUCUGGCUUUCAAUCCAAGAACGAGUAUUUGUUCGGAAAAAUCGACAUGCAGAUCAAGCUCGUCCCCGGCAACUCCGCAGGGACCGUCACUGCCUACUACUUGAAAUCGCCAGGAUCAACAUGGGAUGAGAUCGAUUUCGAGUUCUUGGGCAAUCUCAGUGGCGAUCCUUACACUCUCCACACUAACGUCUUCACUCAGGGAAAGGGCAACCGAGAACAGCAGUUUAAACUCUGGUUCGACCCGACAUCAGAUUUCCACACUUACUCCAUCCUGUGGAACCCUCAACGCAUCAUAUUCUCUGUGGACGGGACUCCGAUCAGAGAAUUCAAGAACAUGGAAUCUCAAGGUGUUCUGUUCCCGAAGAGCCAGCCGAUGAGGAUGUACUCGAGUCUAUGGAACGCCGACGACUGGGCCACGAGGGGUGGUCUGGUGAAGACCGACUGGUCACAGGCUCCCUUCACGGCCUCUUACCGUGGCUUCAACGAGGACGCAUGCGUCUGGUCCAACGGCAAGUCCACCUGUCCGAACGGCUCGAGCCAGGGGACAAGCGGCUCGUGGUUGUCUCAAGAACUGGACACGACCGGUCAAGAACGGAUGAGAUGGGUGCAGAGGAACUUCAUGAUCUACAACUACUGUGCGGACACCAAGAGGUUCCCUCAGGGUGUUCCACGAGAAUGCACGGCCGCAUAGAUACGGACAAAUUUAAUUUAGUACUCUAUUCUUUAAUUUGAUGUAUAUGGUAUAUUUUCCGAGCUAUAUGUACAAUAUACGAAGUGAUAUCAUUGUUAAUGAAAACAUUAAAGGCGUGUGUUAUUUA